AGUCGUGCGAAGUCAGUCGCGGUCCGAGCGGCCGAGUCGUCAGUCCCGCCCUCGGUUCUUUCGCGUUUUCGGUUAGUCUCCGUUCGACGUUCGGACGGUGAGGUGUGCAUAGCGCGUGCGCGCACCGGUUACUGUGGCGUACUGCGAGGUUAUAAUGGACGCGCCCGGCGGAGCGCGGGAGCCCCGCUUCGGGUCGCCGUAUGGUAUGGGACUCCUCGGCGAGAUGCCGGAGAUGUAUGGCGCUGGCCGGCCGCCCAGCGCGCUCGGCGGCGGCGGGCUGCGGCCCGGCAUGCAGCCCUGCCCGAUGCCGCGCGCCGGCGUCAAGAGGACCUCGGACCAGUGCUACGACGAGCGACCCUCGCAGAGUGUCUCUCUGGACCACUGCCCCAUGCCCGACAUCACGGACGAUGGCUAUGCAUCUCUCCAGCCCAAGAAAUCGCCACCCUCCAAUGGUAAAAAGACCAAGGGUCGUGUGAAGAUCAAAAUGGAAUACAUUGACAACAAACUGCGGCGGUACACGACGUUCUCCAAACGGAAGACUGGGAUAAUGAAGAAGGCCUACGAGCUAUCCACCCUGACGGGGACCCAAGUGAUGUUGCUAGUCGCCUCUGAGACCGGCCACGUGUACACGUUCGCGACGCGGAAGCUGCAGCCGAUGAUCACGUCGGACUCCGGCAAGCGUCUGAUACAGACGUGCCUCAACUCUCCAGACCCGCCGACCACCAGCGAGCAGCGCAUGGCGGCCACGGGCUACGAGGAAACUGAGCUCACGUAUAACGUAGUAGACGAGGAUAUGAAGAAUCUGGAAUCGACCAUCAAGAGGAAAAUUGCUAAGGACGAACCGGCAUCAUCAGGUGACAGUGGCGACGAAAGUGGUAGUGAACCAGAGUCUCCCAGCGAGAAGCUCAUGCAGGUGCACAAGCAGGAGUGGUGCGACACCAAUGAGAGGGAUAACAAACAAAGAGAAUCCCACAACGAUCUAUUAGCCUCAACAUCUUCGACAACCCAAGAAGCGGACAGCAGCAAACCAACACAAUCCUUGCCCAAACUUCUGCCAAAGAUAGACCUCCCUGGAGGAGCAAUGUUGUACCACUCGGGGGUCUUGGCUGGCGUGGGACUGGACGGCAUCGGCAGUAAUAUCGGACUCGGAAACUUGGCCAUGGGGUACCCUCAUAGCUUCAUACUAGGACUUGCUAAUCAAGGGCAGGAAGGUGCAUCAUCAUCGAGUCAGCCGCAGUUCAUCACCAUCCCGCUGUCCAUGGCUAUGGCGGCUGCCGCGGGCGCGCCGACCUCCACGGUAACCAACGGAUGUGGAGCCAGCGCCUCUAGUGACGAUAGCAGCGAACUACAAGACUUGAGCACCGGCAGAAAGUAACGCGUUACGACGGAAUCAACGCGCGAAUGCCGACGAAUGUUAUCUAUAUAUUAUUAAAAAAUAAAAAAGUAUGUACCAAAGUUUAUAUUUGGACUUCCAGCGAUAUCAAAGUAUCUAGAUUGUUGAUAGAUAGGUAGAAUUAAUGAAGUUAAUAUCACAUUGUAUCCAUUGUAUCACAUACAUGUUGUUAAUGUUCCAAUGAUAGGUCGUGGUGCGAUAGCGAGCGAGGAGCGACUUUUGUACUUAAAACUUAUAAGGGUCCGUCACAUUCAUAAGAUGUAGCGGAAAGAGAAUAUCAAAUACUGUGUGUAAAUAUAAACAACUUUCUCGGAAAAAGCAUUAGUAUAGGUAUAUCGAAAAAUAAGUCUUCCGUAAAUGUUGACUAGCUGUUGAUAAUUUUGUAUAGAUAAGCUAAUUGUUAAGGGAAUCUACUUUUUUAAAGGUUGUGUCAGAGGCCUUUGCGUGGCUAAACUCAGAUUAGGUUGUAUAUCAAAUCAAUCAUACGAUGAAAAUACUUUUUUAGAACGUUGUUUAUUUCUAUACACAAACAGGAUUUGAAAUAUAGCCGAAUAUCCAUUACAACUUACAAACACAAAACAAACUUAAUUUAAUACGAUUUCUAAAUGCUACAAAUAAUUUGCAAUACAUAUAUUUACAAAGCAAGCAGAUUAUAAUGUAAUUCUACACACAGUAUAUUGGCUUUACCCAAUGCAAUUUGAAUCAAACCUAUUUAAUUAGUUCAUUAGUGUUGGCCGUUGAUUAAACGUUAAAACACACAAAAUAAACAGUUACAUUUAAAUGUAACCACAAUCAAAUGAAAUGUUGAGUGGGCAUGAAAUGAAAAUCGCUUUAACCA